AUGAAUACCAUAAUUACAUCGGAAUUACCCAAAGUGACAGAUUGUUUAAAGGAAACAUUUAACGUUUAUCAAGAACGGGACAAAGAAAACGUCAACCAGAGAAAUAUUUGUAAACAAAUGAACAAUUCAUACGUAUCGGAAGAAGCUCGCCUCAAAACCAAUGUAAGAGAACGACAGCGCAUGCACCAAAUGAACAAAGGUAUGGAGGAUCUAAAGCAAGUAUUGCCGUACUCAAAGUCUGUCAAUAAACUGUCAAAAAUGUCUACCCUUCUCCUAGCAAGGGAACACAUUGUAUCGUUGCAAAAAUCUCAGAAAGAGCUCCAUCAUUUAGUGCAGAAACUACAAAACAAUUUAUCAAGGCAGUCACAUAAUGCUUCACUAAUGUGUAUGUCAACGGAACCUGCAUCGCAUGAUAUUCCGAUAAUGUGCAUUUCAACGAAACGUUCACCACACAGUGUCUCUAACCAAGGAUUAUAUAUAUACAAGGAUUACCAGAUUGAUACGCAAACAAGGGGAAACUUCAUGGCAGAACAACCUCGGAGGAAGCUACAAGACAUUACUAAUACUAAAGGUCAAGGUCAUGUUCGUCCGAAAGUUCUGCACAAAUUUUCAAUUGAUGCUUUGUUAUCGGAUUGCUAA